AGUGCAUCAUGUCAAAAGAGGAAUGUUCAUACAAUGAGGGUCUGUGUAUAGCAGCUCCUCUAUUGCCUCGGUGUACCACACGGACAAACGAUUGUCAAUGGACUAUUUGAGACGGAUCUCAAUCGCUUUCUGCAACGGCUUCCUGCGUCUCGGCCGCCUGCUUUUUUGGACUUAUUUCCAAACCAGAUCCUUCUUCUUAUCCGGAUGAAGGGAGAAGACAGAUCGGAGAAAGGACUAAUUUCCGAACAACCACCAAAAAAGAAGAGAGAGAAAAAUGCCGUGAGUCUUGAAGUUUAGUGGAUUUUGUGCGUUUGUAGAUUCUCCUAUUCUGGCGACCGCUUCGCAUUUCUAGUUGCUCGUGUCCCUCAUACUCUGAGUGUUUUUAAUAAGUGUGGGACAUGAGAGAUCUGUGAGCUGAAAAUGUAGCAGGGAGAGCCAUCGGUGAAACUGAAGUUGUGCGUGCUGUGGUUUUGAAUCAUCCGAGGGGUUCAUAUUGAAUAUCGCCUAUUUAUCUUUGCGCAGAGGUCGGCUCCUUAACAGAUCCGCUCCAGCUGUGAAUCCAUGAGCCCUUUAUGUGUUUGUAAAUCAUUUCACUUUUAAUUAUAAGCUGACAUACUUAACACCCUCGAGGAAUCCCUAAUGCAAUUUUGUAACUUCGGGACUUUUUAAUGCCCAUGUGGAACAUAAUGAGUUUAUAUCGACCUUAUCCUACCUAAAUCUUUUUUUCUAUCAUUCCCCCAUCAGCCUGGCAAGAUAAUUGUGCAACAUUUUAACUUAAAGCACAUUCUCUCAAGUGAUUUAGCAGUAUUUUUUCUUCUUAUUCCACAUGGGAUCAUAGCUGAGUCCACACGGCUGCUUUUCUUCCAUGCCUGUGGUCCAUUAUAAUCUCAGUGGACCUCAGUCUCUAUAAAGUUAUCGGGGACCCGCGGGCAUGGGAGAGGCGACCCCGGCUCAGUCUGCUGCGGGGACUUUCGUACCCAUGUUGGGCGUCGGUUUGGGAGCUAUGCCCGGUGGGGUGGGCAACGGGCCGGUGGUGGCCACCUCCAGAGGCUCCGCGGUUCCACAGCUGCACAACGCCAUCGUGGAGCGGCUGCGCGCCCGCAUCGAGCUGUGCAGGAGGCACCACUCCACCUGCGAGAACCGCUACCAGAGGGGUCAGGCCGAGAGCUCCGACCGGGAGCACGAGAGCACGCUUCACCUGCUCAACAUAGUGCACCAAGGGCCUGGGAACCGCAAGGCAAAGGGCAGCCGGGGAUCGAACCAUCAACCCCCUGAGUACAGCAGGGCCAACGGGGAGCAGAAGGGAGCGGAGGGCGAGCAGAAGAUUUCCACACGUAUAGCGCUUCAAGGCUCCCUGCGAAGGAAGAUUGAGGGACAUGCACCAGGACACACACCAAAGCAGAACGGCCUCUCCUGUGGUUUUACUGGAUCAGACUUUAAGCGAGUCCGUGUGGACGCCGGUGGUCUGGGACAUGGGACCUGCAACCACAGCUUAACCCAGUCACACUCCCUGCAAGGCUCCUCAGCCAUGGGCAUGCAGAGGAAGAAUUACAUGAUGCCCCAUGGAUUGGGGUCAGACAUAUUCAACAUGACCCUGAAAGAAAUGAAAAAAGAGCCCACUGAGAUCCAGUCUUGUGGCCAGUCAAACACAGAGAUGAUUUUUGACUUCAAGGAUGAAGGUGGCGUUCAUAUUGACCCAGAGCUCCAGGAUCUGUUUGACGAGCUGACAAAAACAGUUCCUCCUCUGAAUGACCUGGAGUUUGAAAAAAUGCUGAAGCAGGACGAUACAUUUGGUUUGGAUCUAGGUCGGCCGAGCUCAGCGGGAGCAACUGCCGGUCUGUGCUCCCCGAUGGACAAGCCGAUAAAGACGGAGCAUUCGCCGGAUUUCGGUCAUGUUCACUGUGGCUCGCCACAGCUUCGGCCGGCCUCAGCGGGACCAUCUUUCACAUUGACCAGCACCACUUCUACAAACACGUCACAGAAAGCUAACACUCAGGCGGGACACCCCAGAGCCAUGCCCUGCUGGCCAGAAAUAUCCCACGCAGAGCAGCUGAAGCAGAUGGCGGCCAACCAGCAGCAGCCGAGCUCUCUUCUCCAUCACCACCACCAAACCCCACCUGUGGGGUUGACCAGCUGGGCUCCUGCCAUGAGCACCCACUCCUCCACCAGCACCUUCCCCCAAGACAAGGUUUCUAGCCCAGCCCCACUCAGCCAGCAGAGGAUCGGGCCACACAGUAAAGGGAUCAACAACUGCCUGUUCAAGUCCAACGGCCACAAUGGCUCCCAUCAUUUGGACAUGAAGGUUCUCAACACCAAACCCACUUUACACUUCAGCCCCAAAGUGCCCCAUUCUGCCAGCCAACCGAUGUCUAUCAUGACCAAUCCGGUGAGCAAGACAGAACCACAGCAGCAGUCGCCAUCACCGGGUCAGAAUCAACCACAUCCAGGUCACCAUUUCCAGAACCAGCAGAUCGCCACAUCGGGGCCGCUUUGUCUGCAACCCAAGACUGUUCCUGCAGGGCUGCCAUUCAGACUGUCUCAGCAGCGACAGGGGGUUCCUGCUGGUCCGAGGCUGCCCACUAAUGGAAGUUUAGGAGCCAUGUCAGCGCAGCCGAGGCCCUCAGCACCCAACAACCAGCAGAAAGUCCCGGCCAAAACUCAGGCCAUGCAAAGACAGCUGAACCAACAGCAGCACAACAUCAGUAACUCAGACAAAGAUAACACACACGAUCAGUUCAAUCGUCAUCUGACAAGACCGCCACCAGAUUACAAGCAAACAAGAACCAUGAUGGGAGUUCAGCAAGGAAACCUCUUCACAGGUCAAAACUCCUCUCAGUCUCCCAGUAAUGGCCCCGACAGCAGCCUCCAGUCCAUAAAUUGUCACCUCCCAACUGCUUCUGCUUCAAAGAUGAGCCCUUCACCGUCGGACCGGAGAUUCGGGAUCGGGACGGACUGUCACCCGAAUCCUUGUAUCAGUCAAUUUCAGCAGCAAAACAGUCACAAUCGAAUUGGACUGAGUCAGAGUAAACCUCGGUUUCUGGGGCCAAACGCACAAGGAAAGUCCUUCGGGAUGAACAGCGUAGCAGGAGUACAGCAACACCAGAGAGCGACAGCUGACUUGCAUUCCUCAGGGGUGGCAGGACAGCCUCUGGGAGGGCUGAUGACAAAUGUCAGCAUGGGCUGGGCUGCAGCCAACAAGCAAGUACCAACUGGACUUGGCGUGAGGCGACUCCCCAACCCGCUGCAGGCUCAGGGUGCUCAGGACCUGCCGAACCUCCCAUACCAGCAGCGGCACAUCGGCCCUCCCAACCAGGUAGCGCCAGACAUGGGGAUGCUCCCGCUGAACCCAGCCAUAAGAGACGCAGGCCCCAGACCAAACCAGGCCAUGAUGGGCUCUCCGUCGGCGGUGGGGAACCUGAACCAGGCGUCUCCUGAACAGAGGGUACCAGCAGGAAACUUUGCAGAACCGAGUCCCGGCUCGAGCAGCUACCAGAAUAACCGGUCCAACCGUCUGACCUUUGACUUCCUCCCAGAAGGAGACAACACAGUCCCAGGAAUCAAUGCAGACUCAGACUUCAUAGACUCUCUGCUGAAAUCUGGCUCUGGGAAUGAUGACUGGAUGAAAGAUAUAAAUCUGGAUGAGAUUCUGGGGAGUCACACAUGAAUUACUAAAAUCUGACCCGUAUAGAGGUCAUGUAUGUAUGUAAGGUGGAAGGGAUAACUUUUGUAAAUAAUGUUAAAAUGGAAUUUUAUAAACUCAUAUUAUUUGUUAUCAAAGUAUACUGAAGGGUUUUGUUUUGUAUUUACUGUGAAAGGAAAUUUGUGUUCUGUCCUUAGUACUCUGCAUAUUUGUUCCUGCUAUAGUGGCCAAGAAGCUGUCUGUCCUGCUCUAGUGCUGUUCUAUAGGAGAAAAUACAAAAAAGUCUCACUGUGAAAACAAACAUUGUUGUGUUACUUUCAACUCUCCCUUGGUUAAAGUUCUGAAUCUAAAGCAUCCUCUGUUAAGCAUGACAAGGUAUUUACCCCCUCAAGUUUUGCUACCAUAAACACAAAGAAUCUUGCCACAAUACGUUUUUAUUCCUUACUGUUUGAGCCUUUUCAUCUGUGGUAGUUUUUGAUGCAGUUUAAAUAAUGUAACCAUUUUUUUUUCAUGUGAUAUUUAAUAAUUAUUGGGAUCGUAUUUAGGCAUUAUAAUACAUGUAAUUAAUAAAAUUUAUUUGAAUAAUGUGA